AUGUCCGAGCACUAUGCUACUGCAUCGGCGUCGGGAAACAGGACGAAGAAAGGCGUCAAGGUGACCAAGAACAUCUAUAGCGACAAGGAAACCGAUGUCCAAGGGCCGCUUGAGGUGACCGGCUCGGUCCAGUGCAUGGGGAGCGUCAACUUCCAGGGCAACGUCUCCGUGAGGGGAGCAAUUGAGGCCUAUGGCAUGAUCACCACAAAGGGGCACAUGGUUUGGCAGGGACAGGUCAAGGCGCACGGCAACAUCAUGGUCAAUGGCUACCUAUCCUCCAGGGACAAGAUCAUAGCUUCCGGAAAGCUGAGAGUCGAAGGUGUCCUGGAGGGCAAUGACCUCGAGAUCUACGGAAACGUCAUUGUCAUCGGCUCUCUGACAUGCAGGCGCCUGAUUGUGUACGGCGCAUUGACGCUCAUCGGGCCGCAUUCCAGUUGUUUCGCAUCAGAAUCAACCGAACUUCUAGGGCCCUACCUGACGCGGGACUCGGAAGCGGACUGGGAUUUUUGA